AUGUCUGUCGAAUCUCAACCCGUUGAACAAGUCUCUCAGCUUCCCGAGGGUUCUACCACCGUUGUCCAUGCUGAAAAGGCUCAAAAACUGAUUCAAAAGUUGGGUCUUAAGCGUGUUGAAGGCAUCACCCGUGUUGCUAUGCGCCGUGCUAAGAACGUUUUGUUGAUCGUUAACGACCCCAUAGUUUACAAGAGCAGCAACAACGCUUACGUCGUCCUCGGUAAGGUCACCGUUGAAGACAUGGCUGCUCAAGCCCGUGCCUUCAGCGAAUCCCAAAAGAAGAAUGGUGAAGCUGGUGAGGAUGCUGCUGUUGAAGAGGCUGCUCCUGCCAAGGAAGAGCCCGCUAAAAUUGAAGAAGCUGAAGAGCCUGUUGAUGAAAGCGGUGUUGACGCCAAGGACGUCGAAUUGGUCAUGGCUCAAGCCAACGUCAACCGUGCCAAGGCCGUUCAAGCUUUGAAGGAAAAUAACAGCGACGUUGUGAACGCUAUCAUGUCUCUUACUAUGUAA